CUGAAAUCUGGAGAAGGCUGAUGUGCCGCGAGCCGACACGGCCGGUGUGGACGAAUGGCAUGGCAGGCUGAGAGCAUCUCCGAACAACUUUCUUUCCAUAAAAUAGCACCCUCUCUUCUCUUCUUCCUAAAGAAAGCUCGUUGCAGCUCCGGCUGAGCUGGCUCUUCGCGUGUUGCAUGCGAGCUUUUGUUGAGAGUUUCAAAAAUUGCCCAAUCAAUUCUCAAGUCAUUCAAAGAGAAUUUACGAAGUGAUUUCCUUCGGAAGAAAGGCUUGUACUCCAAGUAGCAAUGUUGAGUCAGGUGCAGGAGCGGCGAGACGUAGCUCUGGCCGACUUCUACAAGAAGCCCACCACCAAGCGAAAGCACGACGAGCAAGAUGGCUCUGGUGGAGAGCGGUCGCCAUCGUCGUCGACACCCGUUACCAAGCUACCCAGGCAGGAGAAGGCGACGGGCAUACAGGGCAUAGUGUCGUGGGUGGAGAACUCGUCGCUACCCAGCAAGUCCAUGGUUCUGACGGACAUCGGUAACCACUCGUAUCCGCAAGCGUGCAUGCUACUACUGACAUCACUCAAGGAAUACUUUGACAUUGGGCUGACUGUGUUGCAAGCAUCCGCACCGUCGUCCUCGGGUUCUGCAUCCUCGGCGGCGCCAGCCACAUCACACACCAUCCCUGGACGUGCACGAGUGGACGAACUCAUGGCGUCGUUCAUGAAGCCCCUCACAACUCCCCUCUGCGCAAUGGAGAAGGCCAUCCGACGUUUGCCGCCAUCCGGAGGCGACAUCUCGAUGUUUCAGCACAUUCACCCCAUCCAUGAAGCGCAGUUCAUGACGGCUCUGGUCAAAGUGUUCGACACACCGCUCACACGCUCGUCGGUGGCGGAGGAUGGCGAAGAGAAGAUCAGCCCGGUGGACGCCUCACACUCCGCCGCGGUCGACUGGUGUCUCCUAGACGUCCUGCUUACACCCUUUGCCAACUCGUCGGUCAUGGUGGAGCGCAUCGCCCGCAUUGUCUCAUUGGCCGUAUCAUUACGCUGUGCGCCGCUCGUGUCCAGUCUGGCUCGCUGGAUAUCGUGCUUCGAUCGUCGUCUGUACAAAAUCCCUGCCGCCCCUGCCGCAGCGGCCUCGAGUGCAAGCGGCACGUCCAGCAGCAGCAGCACAGCCGUCGCCACCGCAAACAGCAGUGCUGGCAGUAGCAGUAGCAGUGGUUGUGGUGGUGCCCGUCAGCACGUGUCCGUGUCUGGCGCCGUGGCGGACACGCUCGUCAACGACUUCUGCCUGCUGACGCAGCACGACAUGGAGAAGCUCUCCUGUCUGCCAGAGCUGAGUCUGGACAUGGCGGCUCUGUUCAUUAUGGAGUACCUGCAGCAACACCCGCUGCUGACGAAGGAAGACGACAGCGGCAGCAGUAGCAGUAGCGGCAGCAGCAGCAGCAAGAGAGGGAGUGGCGGGGGUGGUAGCAGGACUGGGAGCCGCAGCGGUAGCAGUGCCAGUUCUGAUGCUUCAACAAAGCCCAAGUCGGAGGCCAAGGUUAACCUUCCACACCACAAUCUAGUGGCGAUGUUUUCAUCCUGGCUGGUGAAAUGGCCGUCACUGUCUCUGUGCAAGAGGCAAACUAACUUGCCCACUGGUGUUCCACUGAGUCGGGAAUGGUCGGUACGGCCUCCAAGCUCAUCAUCCAAGACGUCGUCGUCGUCAGCAGUCCCAGCUAGAAAGCGCGAUGAUCCAAAGAUUCUGUGCCCUCUGCAAGGCUUGAGCUCGCUCUCCGUGUACGGACCGCUUGCCUGCCAGUUUGUCGUCUGCUCCAACACGUCUGCUGCCACUGCUGCCACAGUCACAUCGGGCUCGACAACGGCAGCACAAAGCACAGAGGUGUCGUCGUCAUCAGACUCCAGAACAACACCAGCAGCAGCAGCAUUGAGUUCUGCUUCUGCUAGCAGCAUCGUAAUGUCUUGUUCUCUGUUCUCCACAGUAGUCACGGCGGCGUCUGCAGCCUCCGGCGGUGGCACACAGGCCGGGUACGAGGACAGUCUGGCACAGCUGCACGUGCAACUGCUGCAGGCUGUGUCCGCGCACCAAGACCACACGGUCACCGCGACAACAGCAGUGGCCGCGUCCGGUAACCAGGCACCAGCAGCAGCAACUCCGCCGUCGUCCAAGCGCAGGAAAUCGUCGUCGACGGCAAGCAAAUCGGGAAAGGGUGACAGAGCGCCGGAGUCAUCGUCAGCAUCAGUAUCGCCAUCGCCUCCGCCGCGACUGUUGACGGCUGGCGGCUUGCUGGACAUAGUGCAGCAGUGUCACGACUUGUGGAAGCUGGCUCUCGAGAAAGGAUUCGAUGUGGACCGUACAGUGUCUGUGGCAGUGGAGCACUUAGCACAACUGCUGCAAGUCAUGAGCACCGCCGGAUUCCUGUCCUUGAAGAAAGAUCAUCUGGAGAGAAUACGUACUAGCCUUCCGUCAAACCGGCUACUUGACACAGUGCUGGAGUUUCAGGCCAACCUAGCGGCACCCAGUGCCAUGGACCAGUCCUGAGUACCACCACCGCCGACCCCGCCACCACCGCCGACCCCACCACCACCGCCGACCCCACCACCACCGCCGACCCCACCACCAUCACCACCAGCAUCCUAGUACUGGUAGCUGUCAUCGUCGGUGUUCCAAGGCGUGCUCGUGCGUUGCUGGCAGCCUGCCGCGUGCCUCCAAUCCCUGUGUGCCAAGCUUGAAGCAAUUUCUCUCUGGAUCGGCGCGCAUUCCUGCGAGUGGACUGACGUUGUACUAGCUAUUUUCCCGCCGCCGCCGCCGCCUCGUCACUGGACAAGUUUGUGUUGCUUGCCUAGACGAGCAGGUCUUGACUCGGCAACUGCACACUUGCAGAAUGAAUGGGUAGUCGUCGCUUUCGUUGUGUUUGUACCUCUACCGUCUGUUGGCAUCCGUGUGUGUUGCUUGCCUAGAUGAGAGCAGGUCUUGACUCGGCAAAUGCACACCAGUACUACGACAGUAGAGACUAAGAGUGAAUGGCUGAUUGUAAUUCGUAGUCGUCGCUUUCCUUGUGUUUGGACCUCUGCCGUCUGUUAUGGUGACUGAGUAAUAUCAUUUGUAUGCCACUGUCCGAGUCUGUAUCAUGCCCUAAUGGAUAUUGCGUGGAAGUAAUCCAAGCGCCGCCCCUGCUGUCAUGCUGUACGGGCAAAUAAUUGCCCACGUGCGUGUACAUACUCAUCCUAUAUACACGCGUUCCCAUACACAAACGCAUGCACUCAUUCCCCCGCUGACCUUUGCCCUGCUGACCUUUUGCCCCCGCUUUCUGCAGACCCUUCUCGCUUAUCUAUUUGAGCUAAAAGCAGAAAAUAAAAGCGAAAAA